ACAAACAGGCUGACCAGGACCACAGGGACAGGACGAGCCGAGAAAGUCAGAUAAUACAUAUAUUUAUGCGCUUUUACGCGUGUUAAGAAUUAAUGAUACGGUGGUAAAAGUUUCGCUUUUACGCGUGUGUGGACGUUGUGGUCUGAGCCAUGACCCUCUCCAAGGAGUAUGAAACGUCCCAGCAGACUGGCUUGCCACUGAACGAGGAUGAAGUAUACAUAGCGGGAGAGGACGAGCCUCUCCUUGACCGGCAUCUUCUCUACCGGACGGACAACACCAGGGAGCCUCGCUCAUCCGCCGAGUCCAGCGUCGAACUGGACUGCUCUGAGUUCGACUCAUCUGGGGAGAGCGAGAAUAGUUUCUGUGCAGACACACCUUCAUUGGGAAGACCUCGCGGUUCUGUAAAGCCCCCGUAUUCCUACAUCGCUCUCAUCACCAUGGCAAUCUUACAGUGUCCUCUGAAGAAACUGACGCUGAGUGGCAUCUGCGACUUCAUCAGCAACAAGUUCCCCUACUACCGGGAGAAGUUUCCGGCGUGGCAGAACUCCAUCAGGCACAACCUGUCACUCAACGACUGCUUUAUCAAGAUUCCAAGAGAGCCUGGAAACGCAGGCAAAGGCAACUACUGGUCUCUGGACCCCGCAUCUGAGGACAUGUUUGACAACGGCAGCUUUCUCCGGCGCAGGAAGAGGUUUAAGAGAAACCAGCCGGAGUGUAUGAAAGAUGGACUCAUGUUUUACCCAAACUUUAGCUGUUACCGGCCUUACUGCGUCCAAAGCCAAGUGAGCGCACCGGCUGCCCCUCUCUGGUGUAUGCCCGUUCAGGACGGGCUUGUCAUGCUACCUUCCUCCUACCUACCAUACCCGAGUCUAAGCAGCAGCUGUAAGGCCCUGCUCGUUUGGUUCCCGAGCCUGAUUCCAGCUCCCAAUGACUCCAUUCUGCCCAAGUGCAAUGUUGAGCGCUGUUCCUUCAAUAACAGAGAAUGUCCAAAUGCCUUACCUUAGUUGUUGAAGUGUUUGUUUGUUAUAGCUUUUACCAAAGAAACCUCUGUGUUUGUAUACAAGUGAUACAAUGAUCCAAUGGAGACACGUUUACGCAUUUCUCAAAGAAAGUAUUUAAACUGCAUGUUGUUUAUGUUCAUUCAAUGUUGAAUACAGUAUGUCAAAUGAAGUUAAUGUAAAUAUGAAGACUGAUAAUAUAUUUGUUAAAAUAUGGUGUCAAUGUGAAAGUGGAACCACUUUUGCCAAAUGUUAAAAAUCCAUUGUAAUUUUGAUUUUCGACAUUGAAAUGAAACAAUAAAAAUAGUUUAGUUUGCGGUGUUUGAUUAUGCUUAGGCCAAAUUAUUUCCUUCCCCACAUUUUAUUACACUUAGAAAUUGACUGCUAAAGAUGCCAUCUAUUAGUACAAAAUAACCCGAGGAAAUGAUUGCACCUAAAGGUUUCCAAUUUCGAUUUCUGGAAAACCAGGUCUAAAUUAGCAGGACUAUAAUAUAAUGCACAUAAUUACUUAGCAAAAAGGCAAAAUAGGCAUCGGAACAGUAAAUGACAGUUGUUAUUGUGAAUUAUUGUAAGCCUAGGCUCAUAUUUAUUUUCAUAAAUGUUGUUUGUCCUGUAAUUGGCGAAACAACCCGUGUUUGUCAAUAAAACACAUCAGUCUCAUCAGUA